AUGGCCGUGGAUGGUCCUACGAAGAAAUACAUCAUUAAGGCAGGAAAUGUGGUCCCACAGCACCAAGGAGAAAAUGAUGGCAAUGACUCUGACCGGUCAUCGAUAUGCCACUCUCCGGGUUGGGACGAUCUGUCAGGAAACAAGAAGAAAAAAGAGAAGCAAGCCGCCAAGGACAAGAAAAAGGCAGAGCUCAAGAAGCUGGAGACCGAGGCCAAACAUGCUACCAAAAUGAAGAAUCGAUUGAGCAAAGCUCCCCCAACAAACCAUCAUUUUAACAAAAUUGCAAACCCAAUGGACCGAUCGACAUCCUCCCCUGGCAUAUUGACUUUAGCGGAUUCUACCAAAACUUCGCCAGCAAAGGAAGGGCCACCUAAGUCCAAAGGCACACGUUCACGCCGGGGCAGCAUCGAUGCGGGUAUUAAGAGUUUUUUUAGUGCCACUCAAGCCCUUCCGUCGUUGUUCUCCAAGAGCAGUCACAGUACUCCUGCGUCUGCCGUGACCCCACGAGAAAGUACUUCUCCAACAAACAAUGCCAGCAACGCGUUUACUGGGGGCCUCAAGCUUAGAAUGUCGGAGGAAGCUGCGGUGCAGGAUAAGGCGCGCUAUUCAAUGAGUGCUGCGUUGAAUGACCGCACGUCUCCUUCAGAUGGUGGAAAUCCAAACCUUAUGGGCAAAGGCGCGGCGACGAAUUAUUCGCCGGCGACCAGCAAGGUUGGAAACUCUUCUGAUAAAUUCCCAAGGUCACACCCCAAGAAAGAAUCCCCACAAGAUGAUAACGUACGGACGCCGCAACAAUGGGACGACAUAUAUAUGCAAGCUGGGAGAAUGGUCGCAAAUGGUAAUGGCGGAAAUCCAAACCGCGGAUCUGUGACAGACAACGUCAAGCACAGAAAUACUCAUCAAUCAGCACAGUCUCUGUCAUCGGGAUACGCAAAUAUCCCAAAUGACAUGCAAAGUUACGACUCUCCGGGAUCGUCAGGACGGGACUCAUCGAGGGCAAGCAAGUUUAGGUUUUCUCGUCCAGGAACGAGUGAGGAUACUACGAACUAUUCUACAAGGGGCUCUUCACCACACUCGGUUGAUAAGAAGUCUCCCAAGUCACGGAAGCACUCGGUUGAUUCCGCGAACGGUCACGUUUCACAGACCUACGUCCAGAGUCAGCGAAUGCAAAGGAACGAUCGCGGCAUGGCUGCUUUCCAAGACGAAUACAAAGAUAGACGUUCUACUGAUUCUGCGGUGGUACGGAGAUCAUCCUCUUUCCAUUCAACAAAAAGCCGAGCAAGUAUUGAUGCAACCGAUAUUGCAUCAGGUCCACUUUCAGGCAACCAUCCUUCGACGGCCACCGCUAGCGAGCUCAAAGAGGAUUUUGCAAUCUUCAGCGACUACAAACCUCCCGCUCUGUAUUUAGACGACCUUAGCCCUAGCUCGGAAGGCUUGACUCCGCGUGAUGAUAAUCCGAAUAGUCUUGGAGGUCUUAAAGGUCUUCGAGUCGCUUCCAAGUCGCCUUUUUCGAGAUCUCCUACCGCCUCACCCAUUGCACACAGUUUUGUCUCGAGUAACUUCGAUGUAGACAUUCGACCUGCGUCUCAACGUGCUGCUACACUUCCUUUGAUGGAAGGGAUCAGUCACACAGGAGCCGUAAACAAACCUGAGGUAACGCUUGGCGAAUUUGUACCUUCAGCGCAGGUCUCUCCCCAGUCACUUCAUUCUCCGAGCACAUUUGACGCAAGCUUAAAGCGUACCAGGGAAGUCGGCCCCGUGGAAGUGAAUCACAGACAGGGCGCCGGUGCCAGUUCCCAUACCAGGACAGCGACUGACUCAAGCGAAGACUCUAAUCUAGAGGAGUUUUCCAACCUUACUACACCAAUGGCUUCACGGCCUCAUUCACAGACUUCACGGCCUCAAUCGCAAAAGGAUUACUUUCCACAAUUGAGCGAGAUCACCUUGAAGGCUCCGAAAGCUAAGCCUGAGCCUGUCAAGACCCCAAGCUCCACCCCGAAGAAGAGCAAGAAGGCCGCCAUAUUGAGUGGACCAAUUCCACUAAGACCAUACGAAAAUGAAAACGGUCAGCAAGAUGGAUGGAGCCGCACUCCAUUGCCAUCUGAGUUGGAGGAGGCUAAGCGGAUCCAAGCCUCCAAUCCAAAGAGGUCAUUCUUCAGAAGUUCAGCAGCGCCCACGAUGCCCGUGCCACCAGUAACGAGUUCUUCACGACAGUCCGCCAAGCUCGACCCUGCAAAGGAGAGCAAAUCUGCCAGCGCUUUGCAACGUCAGUUGAGUCUAUCGCGUUCAGCGUCAACGCCAGAACUUCAAGAUCUCAGCUUCCUCCCAGUUCUCAAACAUCAACCUCUCACAAAACCGACCAAUAAAAAAGAGAAAACAAGUUCAUCUAAUAAAAAGGGGAAGCAGCCAGCUCCGCCUCAAGAUCCGGUCACCCGAGAUUUGAUUAAAUCUCCACCAAUCCUUUUAUCCUCUCCUGCAUCAGAAGGCAGCAGUCCUCUCUCACCUUCUGGUGGUGCAUACCUGAGAGAUGCACGCAUGAGCUUGCCACACCUUCCUUCUUCGUCGCAAAAAUCGCCCAAACAAAUUCGAUUCUCAAAUAUUCCUUCGUCGCAACUUGCCAGUCCGGGCUUGCAAUCUGAGCCAAUGGCUAAAAUGUUCGUGGUCUGUUGCUCAUGCAAAUACUUCCACGACAUGCCAAGCAAAAUAUAUGAAUGUAUGGCGAGACCGGAUAAUGUCGUCGAGGACCGAGAUUUAGGUGUCAGCGGUGUCAUCAGCACAAGUGUAAAAUGCCCUUGGUGCGCCCAUGGUAUGAGUACUGAUUGCUGUGCGGGUUAUGCUGCCGUGGUAUACUUGAGGGAAAAGCUGCAUUGA